GCUUUUUAUUGUUGAGGGAGAAGGGGCUGUUAGAGCGAGAGCCUCUCCUUCUCCAUCCCUGUCCAGUGGGUAAAACCCGAUUGCCUUUUCCGAUUGGAUGUUCCUUCUUUGCCAGCUACACAAAGUGGGUAAAGAACUGGGUUUGCUGGUGGCAUCCCAAGUAGCUGGGACUACAGGGAGUAAAUGCUUUUAUACCUCGCUUUUUAAAACGUAUUGUUCCUGUGAACCAGUCUUUAAGUUAUACCCAAGAUUUCAUGGCUCAUGAUGGUCCAUAGUUUUCGCUCUUUAAAUCAAUAGCUGCAUAUCCCACGACGAUUUUCCUUUGGGAUGAUUUCCCAGAACUGGAAUUGCAGAUUCUUGACAAAUCUCCCAACUUUUCCGGUAAACACCGAGCUUUUCUCUAGACUAGCAACCGAGGCCGCAAGCAAUUCUGCGGAACGUAGUGCAGAUUUACAGAGAACGAGUCCCUUCGUCCUGUGUCGUAGUAUUUCCGGCGGAAGUUGCUGGGCGUGGAAAGCCAGCAAGCCCUUCCGCAAUCGUCGCUCCCGCGCGCACGUGGGCGACGCGUGAGGGCGAGGCCCCGCCUCCCCACGCCAUUGGCCAGCAGCUCGUCGGGCACGCGUAUACUGCGCUUCCGGGCACGCUCCGCCCCGCAUGGCCUUCUGGGAGUUGUAGUUCGGUCGCGAGCGCUGCCGUCGGGAGGCUGCUCUGAGGACCGAGGCUGAACCCCGCGACCCCGCCUUCGGCGCUCGGCUCGCAGGAUGGAUCCCGUACCCGGGACCGACUCGGCGCCGCUGGCCGGCCUGGCCUGGUCGUCGGCCUCUGCACCCCCGCCUCGGGGGUUCAGCGCGAUCUCCUGCACCGUCGAGGGGGCACCCGCCAACUUUGGCAAGAGCUUCGCGCAGAAAUCUGGCUACUUCCUGUGCCUUAGUACUCUGGGCAGCCUAGAGAACCCGCUGGAGAACGUGGUGGGCGAUAUCCAGAUCGUGGUGGACAAGAGCCCUCUGCCGCUGGGCUUCUCCCCGGUCAGCGAUCCCAUGGACUCCAAGGCCUCUGUGUCCAAGAAGAAACGCAUGUGUGUGAAGCUGUUACCCCUGGGGGCCGCGGACACCGCCGUGUUUGAUGUCCGGCUGAGUGGGAAGACAAAGACGGUACCUGGAUACCUUCGAGUCGGGGACAUGGGUGGCUUUGCCAUCUGGUGCAAGAAAGCGAAGGCCCCAAGGCCGGUGCCCAAGCCCCGAGGUCUCAGCCGGGACAUGCAGAGCCUCUCUCUGGAUGCACCCAGCCCGCCCAGCAAGGGCGGCCUCCUGGAGCGGACACUGUCAAGGCUGGGCCCUCGGGCAUCCACUCUGCGGAGGAAUGACUCCAUCUAUGAGGCCUCCAGCCUCUAUGGCAUCUCAGCUAUGGACGGGGUUCCCUUCACACUCCACCCCCGAUUCGAGGGCAAGAGCUGCAGCCCCCUGACCUUCUCUGCAUUUGGGGACCUGACCAUCAAGUCUCUGGCGGACAUUGAGGAGGAGUAUAACUACGGCUUCGUGGUGGAGAAGACCGCAGCUGCCCGACUGCCCCCCAGCGUCUCCUAGUCCCUCACCUGUCCGCAGAAAGCCCCUUUCCGCCACCCCCCUAGCCUGGAGGCCACCCCGCCUCAUUACAUCUUGGGAACCUCCGCCGUGCAAGGCAUUUGCCAUCUUCAGCCACUGGGCGGGGCUGCAGCCCUGGAGGAGGGGGCGGGUGGAGGCUUCGUGGUGAUGGGGUCUCCACCCCCAGGCCCUGCCGGCGGGGCUGGAGCUGGACGGAAGCCAGUGCCUUUAAGUCAUUCGUGUCAAAAUCCUUUGGGGUCCGGAGGCCGCGCGGGGGUCCUGCCAAUAAACACUACUGGUUCUUGC